AUGUGCACCGUCCCCAUGGCCACGGCUACAAGCCGUACCGCCCCCAGUUCAAGUGCUGCUACAAGCCGCACUACGCUCCUCCCACCUAUUAGGCACCUUUCUCUACUGUUGGCGUUACUACUAGCAGGUGUGGGUCAUGAUAAGAGUGUUAAUUCCUUCCACUAGGAGUCUUUUGUAUUCUUUUUGAUACAACUAUAAUUGGUGGUGAUUAGGAUCAAUGAAAGAUGACGUAGCCUCAGUAAAAUAACCCAAGUUGACCUUAA